AUCCAUCAUGCAUGUGCGCUUUUCAAAAUAACCAGGUAAUGCUAAUGUUAAAUGCAUCUGUUUCGCGGCCACUUGUACCGACCGGUGUAUAUGGGAACAAAUUUUCAGCUACCGUAUAGAGAAUGCGAUGGAGAAUAAUGUGUUGUUGAUUCCUGCUCCUGCAAAAGAAUAUUUUCUCCAUCGGAGGAUCGUGCACGCAGUCGUUAUUCAUCAGCGAGCCGCAAAGUUCGUUGAAUAUUUAAAGUCUGACAUUAUGGCACCGUAUACGCUUUUGAUCAUAAUCGGCGUCAGUUCUCUCAGCCUUAACCUUUUUCGAUUCCUUCAAUUGAUAAUAUUAAUGGAUAACAUCAACGAGUUGUUCAUAUUUGCUGUAUUAUUAAUGACGCACUUCGGCUACAUGUUUAUCCCUAAUUACGGAGGCCAGGAAAUGUUGGAACACGGGACAGAGCUAUUCAGAACAACCUACAAUGUACCAUGGUACGCAGCGCCGUUACGAACGCAGAAAUUACUCUUGAUCAUAAUGCAAAAAGGAACAAGAAACGUCACUUUAACAUGCGGCGGCAUAUUUAUAGCGUCCCUGGAAUGUCUCACUUCGCUGAUAAGCACGGCCGUAUCUUACUUCACGGUGAUAUAUUCAACGCGAUAACGAUUUUCGAGGAAGGAAGGAAUUGUUAUUAAUCUCGAUCUUUCUCUCGACUCGCUGUUCGACGACUUGUAUUCGUUCCAAGGCUAUUGAAUAUAAUAUAUUAAAUAAAAACGCAUCUUCAUUCCUGAGACAUUCUGUGCACUAACAUCAGUAUGCAAUCGUCGAAAGAACGAACGAACAUCCCGGUCAGCUAGAGUAAUCAUUAUAUUAGCAGGUGACGGUUGUUGCGGAAGACGUGCAUCUCAGAGGAAUGAAUAUGAACGGAAUAUAGUGAAAUGUUGAAAAAUUAACGAAAUUAAA